GGUCGGUCUUUGUCUUGUCGCUGUACUCCCCGGGACGGACGGGCGGACACCGCCGGGAUGGACGUGUUUUUGAUGAUCCGCCACCACAAGACCACCAUAUUUACAGAUGCCAAGGAAAGUACCACAGUAUAUGAACUAAAAAGGAUUGUUGAGGGAAUCUUAAAGAGACCUCCUGAAGAUCAGAAACUGUAUAAGGACGACCAGGUACUUGAUGACAACAAGACCCUCGGAGACUGUGGCUUCACCAGCCAAACCGCUAGGCCCCAAGCUCCUGCCACAGUGGGUCUGGCAUUCCGCAGCUCAGGAGACUCCUUUGAGCCGCUCCGGGUGGAUCCCUUCUCCAGCCCGCCGGAACUGCCAGAUGUAAUGAAGCCACAGGAAACGAGCGGGAGCGCCAACGAGCAAGCCGUGCAGUAGAGCCUGGGAGAUGGCGUUUGUAUCCAUUAGACUCCACCCACUCUCGUCUCCAUGCCGGGGGGGUGGGGGUGGAACUCAGUGCUUUGCAAUCUUUGUGGUCCCUCCAACAAGCGAAGGGAGUAAUAUUUCUUAACCCUGACAGCUCACACCCACUACCCCGCCCCCUUACCUUGUUGUACAAAGUGACCCCGCCCUUAAGUUCCAAGCAGUCUCCCAUGGGGCGACCAUUCAGUCCCCCCACUCCUAUUUUUUCAAUCUUCCAUUUCUUCUGCUUUAUUUCCCCCCUCCCCCAUCUCCACAGAUCCUAUUUGUUUGUUUUUGGGGUGGGCAUUUUGGUUUUGAUUUUGUUCUAUUUUAUUUUUUAAACACAAUAAAUUUUUUUUUUUUUGCCUGUGA